UCCGAUCUUGGCACCGCCACACUGGACGCCCGGACCUCCACAUACACUGACUCUAAGCGGUCUCCCAGUCCCCCUUUUAAGGAGGCGGAAAUAGAGAGCCCUGCUUCCCGCUUUGGUUACGCCGCCGCGGAAAUACUCAGUGAGGAGUAUGUUCAAAUCUUCAAUGCUAUCAUGGCAGCUCCUCCAGAGGUUGUCUCCAACUCUGUUUAUUAUAAACGGUAGACCAAUCCCACGACAUUGGUAGAGGCCAUCAUGCGUGCGUAUGCCAUGGAUGCGUUGCAACUUAUGUAUGAUGGCAUUUACAGCACUGAGGUAGGUGCUAGCUACAUCGCGAAAAACCUCACCUCGUCACGACGAGGAAAAGUGCUUGGACGUAGGAGAUUCAAUCCAAGCAUACCUGGCACCCUCUUCGUCAUCUGGUCUUUUAGCAGUGCGAUUCUAGGAGUAACCUAUGGCUUCCGCUGUCGCUGGUCAGAGACACUAGAUGGAUACAGCCUGUUCCACUUUGGUGUUGACCUGGCGCAUGAAGUGCGACAGGGCUCCGAGCUUUCUAGUACUGGUGGAAUCGAGAAAUGCACUAGGCUCUAGGAGCUGCCUGGCCUAAUUGGGGAUUCCCGUCCGGAUAGGGAUAUUGGCCGUAUUACCCUCGUUCCGAAGAAAAAUGUGGCCAGGAAAGAUAAGAUGUAUUGCUAGAAGUGCUGGAUGGUCUCUUGAUGUCGUGGUUCGGUAAUGUUAUGGGAAAUCAGUUUUUCCUCUAAAUUGGCCCCUAUUUUCUUUUUUGUUUCCAUUUUGUUUUUGACA